AUGGGUCAAACCCCCGUCCUCGACCAAUUUCUGGGCAGUUUGCAGGAAUUGGUCCAGAAGCGCGAUGGCGCCAAAGUUCAGGACUUUCUUCAGCUCGAGCCGCCGCUCUCUGACAUUUACCAGCGCAUGGUCGGUGAACUACGCCAGCACUAUGCCCCGGGCUCCAAAACCGAUACCGAACUUCUUCAACGAUGCGAGCCUCUCGUGCCGCGAUCCAAGGGUGGCUCAUGGACAGCGUUCCCGACGUUCGUCAAGCUCUACCUGAUCUUUCUACGCGAUAUGAACACCGAUAACCUAUUGGAAACAUACAACCAAUUGAAGGCACUGCUCAAUCAAUGUGUGCUCGCCCUCGGAGAUAGUCAAAUGGGUGUGGUAGUUCUUCCCACGGUUCUCUACUUGUCCAAAAUUCUGGCAAAAUUGGCAAUGGGCCUCGAUCGUCGACCGGACCUGAUCGCGCAUAUUCGACGAAUGGAAGGUCUGACGGCGCAGGAUGAGAGCAUCGAGAAGGUGACUUUGGUGGAAAAAUCGGCCAACGUGGUGCGCGAAGCCUUCAUCAAGUGCCUCACUGAUCGCACCGUCACUCCCGGCCCUACUGGUAAGCCGGAAGGCAAGCGCAUCGGUAUCUAUCUCAUGGCUAAUCUUUGCCUGAAACUGCUGUUCCAGUGCGGCAAACUACGCAACGCCGAGCAGAUGUUUGCAAGCAUCAGCGCCCAAUCACCCCCCUUGGCCUACUUCCCAGCCUCACAGCGUGUCACAUACCUCUACUAUCUUGGGCGCUACCUUUUCGCCAAUAACCUCUUCUUCCCCGCCCGCAUCGCUUUGCAGGCCGCCUAUGACCAAUGUCACCGCCAGGCGAUAAGCCAACGACACUUGAUCCUCUCAUACCUCAUUCCGUGCAACAUUAUAUUGGGCCGAUUUCCAUCCCAGGCACUCCUUCAACGACCAGAAGCACAAGGAUUAGCAGCACACUUCCAGCCACUCUGUCGAUUGAUUGUCCGAGGAGAUUACCUGGCUUUCCGGCAACAUCUCUUCUUUGGCUCACCGACCGCCCAAUGGUUUGCACGUAAAGGAAUUCUGUUUACCCUCCGAAAUCGAUGCGAGAUUCUCGUGUGGCGAUCUUUUGCACGCAAGGUUUUCAUGUAUGGAGGUUCCUAUGGAGGUCCGCAGGCGCAGGCGCAAAAGGGACCUCCACCAGUUCUCAAUCUUAAAAAGCUCGUUGUGGCUAUACGGUGGAUACAAACCCAGCACGCAUCAUCCGGAAAUAGCCCGGCCAAUGCCAUGGCGGCCUCCAACCUAUAUGGAUCACAAGUCGUUUCCGAACCUACAGAUCUCGACUACGCUCGCCUGGAAGGGGCAGAUGGAAGGGCCAGCCCCGCUACCGAUCAAGAGAUACUAGAAAGAUAUGGUGAUUUUUUGGCCCCGGAUGGAUUUUACACCGAAGAAGGGCGAUCACAGCCCAAUCUACCGGGUCAGUUGGUCGAUGGAGACCCAGAAGAGAAUUAUGGCGAUUACGAACUGGAUCCAUAUGCGUAUGACCUCGACGACCGGACAGAAGCAGACAUAUCCAUGAUGCAAGAGAUUGAAUCGAUUUUCGCAUCGUUGAUUACACAAGGGCUGAUGGGCGGUUACCUUCUCCAUCGUGAGCCUCGAUUCGCCGUUCCUGGUGCUAAGAUCAAAGGCAUCUUGCCCACAGGAUUCCCCAAUGUUUGGCAGACCAUCUCUGCACGUGAAAGUCAUGAUUCCAGUGUUCCCGGUUGGGUACAGCCUCGGGCGCCUGCAGUAGUUGGAGCAGCUGGAGGUGGUAGGGUAGUUAAUCUUGCUGGAGCACGCCCAGUUGGCAUUCAGUAG